AUGGUCCGCGGCGCUGAAUACGACAACGGAGUCCCUCAGAGCGACAAUGCUAUUGAUGCUGGCACAACUAAGGUCCAUGGCACUGGUGCCACUGAUGCCCCUUUAAGCCGCAAGGUCGCCCCAUUGCCCGAGGAGACUGGCUCUCAACGUGAUGUAUACAGUGGAACAGGGGGCGCUGGAUCUAACAGCGGAAAGGGCGGUCAUGAACCCAAGACACUGGGUGAGAACAAGGGUCGCGGUGCUCAAGGUGUAAACUAA